UCGUCGUCGUCCGCGGCGGCGGGGGCGUCCGCCUCCGCCUCGUCGGCCAAGGAGCUGUCGUGCCAGGAGAUCACCGUGCCGCUGUGCAAAGGCAUCGGCUACAAUUACACGUACAUGCCCAACCAGUUCAACCACGACACGCAGGACGAGGCGGGGCUGGAGGUGCACCAGUUCUGGCCCCUGGUGGAGAUCCAGUGCUCGGCCGACCUGCGCUUCUUCCUGUGCAGCAUGUACACGCCCAUCUGCCUGGAGGACUACAAGAAGCCGCUGCCGCCCUGCCGCAGCGUGUGCGAGCGCGCCAAGGCCGGCUGCGCGCCGCUGAUGCGCCAGUACGGCUUCGCCUGGCCCGACCGCAUGCGCUGCGACCGCCUGCCGGAGCAGGGCAACCCGGACACGCUGUGCAUGGACUACAACCGCACCGACCUCGCCACGGCCGCGCCGCCGCCCGCGCCGCCGCAGCAGCCCAAGCCGCCGCACCGCAAGCCCGGGGGAGGCGGCGCGGGCAGGAGCCCUGGCGCCGCCGUGCCGCCGCCGGCCGCCGAGCCGCCCCUGCGCAAGGCUCGCCCGGCCGCUCCCUGCGAGCCGGGCUGCCAGUGCCGGGCGCCCAUGGUGUCGGUCUCCAGCGAGCGCCACCCGCUCUACAACCGCGUCAAGACGGGCCAGAUCGCCAACUGCGCCCUGCCCUGCCACAACCCGUACUUCAGCCCGGACGAGCGCGCCUUCACCGCCUUCUGGAUCGGCUUGUGGUCCAUCCUGUGCUUCAUCUCCACCUUCGCCACCGUCUCCACCUUCCUCAUCGACAUGGAGCGCUUCAAGUACCCGGAGAGGCCCAUCAUCUUCCUCGCCGCCUGCUACCUCUUCGUCUCCUUGGGCUACCUGGUGCGUCUGGUUGCCGGCCACGAGAAAGUGGCGUGCAGCGGCGGGGCGGCCGCAGCGGGAGCAGGGCCGGCGGGCACGUCGGGGGGCGCUGCCGGAGCUGCUGCGGCAGCGGCUGCUGUAGGAGGGCGCGGGGCCGCCGGGGGCGCCACUGAGCUCCAGCCGGAGCUGGCGGUGGCGGAGCACGUGCGCUACGAGAGCACAGGCCCCGCCUUGUGCACGGUGGUCUUCCUGCUGGUGUACUUCUUCGGCAUGGCCAGCUCCAUCUGGUGGGUCAUCCUGUCCCUGACCUGGUUCCUGGCAGCUGGCAUGAAGUGGGGCAACGAAGCCAUCGCGGGCUAUGCCCAGUACUUCCACCUGGCGGCUUGGCUGCUGCCCAGCGUCAAGUCCAUUGCCGUGCUGGCCCUCAGCUCGGUGGACGGGGACCCCGUGGCCGGCAUCUGCUACGUGGGCAACCAGAGCCUGGAGAACCUGCGGGGCUUUGUGUUGGCUCCCCUGCUCAUCUACCUGGCCAUCGGCUCCAUGUUCCUGCUGGCCGGCUUCGUGUCGCUCUUCCGCAUCCGGAGCGUCAUCAAGCAGCAGGGGGGGCCCACCAAGACGCACAAGCUGGAGAAGCUCAUGAUCCGCCUGGGCCUCUUCACGGUGCUCUACACCGUGCCGGCCGCCAGCGUGGUGGCCUGCCUCUUCUACGAGCAGCACAACCGCCCCCGCUGGGAGGCCACGCACAACUGCCCCUGCCUGCGGGACCAGCAGCCCGACCAGGCCCGCCGCCCGGACUACGCGGUGUUCAUGCUCAAGUACUUCAUGUGCCUUGUGGUGGGCAUCACAUCAGGAGUGUGGGUCUGGUCAGGGAAGACUCUGGAGUCCUGGAAGGCACUUUGCACCCGCUGCUGCUGGGCCAGCAAGGGGACCGCCACCAUCGCGGGCGGCAUCGGCCCCGUCGGCAGCAGUGGCGGCGUCGGAGGGGGCGUGGUGACUGCGGCCGCCGUGGGCGGGCUGGGGGGCGGCGGGGGUUCCAUGUACAGUGACGUCAGCACUGGCUUGACAUGGAGGUCCGGCACUGCCAGCUCAGUUUCCUACCCGAAACAGAUGCCCUUGUCCCAGGUAUAAAAGGGGAGAGGGCAGGAGCGGAUGCAGCCAACUCUUUUCCCCGCCCCUUCACAAGCGAGCUUCCUAACGGCCUCCUCGUGCGCAGGACAGUGUGGCUGCAGGAGGCUCCCAAGUGCCAGACCCGCUCCCUCGGCCUCGGCCUGUCCCUUUCCCAGCGCCUCCUCUCAGUCAGACAUCCAGGGAGCCUAGAUUCUUCAGGGCACCAGCUCCUAAGGUGGACCGAGGAAACUGAAGGCUGUCUGGACCAGAGCUGACUUCAGCAGCUCCUUCAGCUAGCAGGAGCCUCCUUUGUUUGCUUGGGGCUUCUCUGUUUGUGAUUUCUCCUUCCUUCACACUCGGAGGAGACAACGUCAAAACAUAGAUGUCUGAUAGGACUGCAGGGGCUUGGGGAGACUUUUGAAGAAUUUCCUUUCUAUUAAAACAAAACAAAACUGGCAGAUGCCUUAAACACAUUCAAACCAUGUCUUAAUGAUACACCCCCAAUAAAUACGGGUUUCUUAUGUUAAAGGAUGUAUUUAUAUAAUU